AUGCAUCUACACGCCCUCCUUCAACUUGUCCUCUCUUUGCCCCUAACGGCAAACGCUGAGCCGGUCCCGCUCUUUGCCCGGCAGAAACAGCCUCCUCAUGACCUCGCCGUCACCCCGCGGAGCGACCUCAUCGUCCCGCGGGCUCGUCCCGACGCCCCGAGUGGCGGCUAUGCUCCCUCCGUGGUUGAGUGCCCGAAGGACCGACCGCGCAUUCGCCUGGCGAACGCCCUCUCCCAGGCCGAGUCCGAGUGGCUCGCUAAGCGCCGCAAGAACACCGUCGACCCCAUGAUCCAGUUCCUCAAGCGCGCCGAGAUCCCCGACUUUGACGCUGAGGCGUACAUCAAGUCCGUGUCUAGCGGUGAUGAUCUUAGCAACCUGCCUAAUAUCGCCAUUGCUGUCUCUGGCGGUGGUUAUCGCGCGCUGAUGAACGGUGCGGGCUUCAUCUCCGCGGCCGAUAGCCGUACCCCCGGUUCGACCGACAAGGGUGGCAUUGGCGGCUUACUGCAGUCGACGACGUACCUGUCUGGCCUUUCCGGCGGCGGCUGGCUGGUGAGCAGCAUCUACGCCAACAACUUCAGCACGAUCAGCACGCUGCAGCAAGGCCGCAAGGACAGCAGCAUCUGGCGCUUCGACGACUCCAUCUUCAACGGCCCCGACCUGCCCGGCGUCUUCGACACGGCCCGCUACUGGGCCGAUGUGGCUGAACAGGUCCGGUCGAAGCGCAAGGCCGGCUUCGAGACCUCCAUCACCGACUACUGGGGUCGUGCUCUCUCCUACCAGCUGAUCGAUGCCCCCGAUGGCGGCCCGGCUUACACCUUCUCCAGCAUCUCGGAAGACGACCACUUCUCCGCCGGCCAGGCGCCCUUCCCGAUCUUGGUCGCUGACAACCGGCCCCCCGGCAUGAAAGCCGUCACCCUGAGCGCCACCGUCUUCGAGUUCAACCCCUUCGAAAUGGGCUCCUGGGACCCAACCACCUACGGCUUCGCGCCGACCCGCUACCUCGCCUCCAAUUUCUCCGGCGGCGUGGUCCCCUCCUCCGGCCGCUGCGUCCGCGGGUUCGACUCCAUCAGCUACGUCUUCGGCACCUCCUCCUCUCUCUUCAACGCCUUCCUCCUGCAAAACAUCACCUCCGUCGAGGGCGUCCCCGACUGGCUGAUCGAGCAAGCGACCAACCUGCUGGAAGACGUCGACGAAAAGGAAAACGACGUCGCCAAGUACGAGCCGAACCCCUUUUUGGGAUGGCUCAAUGCGUCCAACCCGGUCGCCCACGUCACUGAUCUGGAUUUGGUGGAUGGAGGCGAGGACCUGCAAAAUAUCCCCCUGCAACCCCUCAUCCAGCCCUUGCGUGCCGUAGAUGUCAUCUUCGCCGUCGACUCCUCCGCUGACACGACCUUCUCCUGGCCGAAUGGCACUGCCCUGCGCGCCACCUACGACCGUUCUUUGACGCCCAUCGCCAACGGCACGCUGUUUCCUCCCGUCCCGGAUGACGUGACAUUCCUCGCGCGCGGGCUGAACAACCGUCCCACAUUCUUCGGCUGCUCCUCGUCCAACUUCACCGUCCCUGCGGGGGGACGGGUCCCCCCGCUAGUCGUCUACCUCCCCAACGCCCCCUACACGACCUACUCCAACGUCACGACCUUCACCCCGUCUUACCCUUUGUCUCAGCGUAAUGAUAUUAUACUCAACGGGUACAACGCCGCCACCCAAGGCAACGGCACUCUUGACGAAAACUGGGUCUCGUGUGUGGCGUGUGCGGUGCUCAGUCGGAGUUUGGAUCGCAUGGGGACGGCGGUGCCGGCGAGGUGUACCGAGUGUUUUGAGAAGUAUUGCUGGGAUGGGAAGACUGCGGCGCAGGCGGGGGAUGUGAGCAUUCAGGGUGUUGUGAGUGGGGCCGGUGGAGAGGAGUAUCAGCCAACGUUAAAGAUUCAGGAUGUGGAGGGGGAGGAGUCGGGUGCUGCUUCGAUGAUUGUUGGGAGGUCGGGUAUGAUUUGGGUGUGCGUGGUGGUUGCUUUUGUUGGGUUGAUGCUGUAA